AUGUACCUGCCGGCGCUUGUUGACAAGCGUGGAUGGGGCAAUGCCGAUCUGAGUGCAAACCCGCUGUCAACCCUUCAUUUGUCAGAGAUGUGGGACCUAUUAGCAAAUGUUUGCUCUCCUAUAGGUGUGAACUUCAUGCUGCUACGUCACACACUUUACGGUACUAUGUUGGAGCUGCAGCUGUCACCAGGCUCAACAUUGGCUCACUUCAAUUUUCGAGCCAGUGAUGAGGCAGCUCCUAUGUGGUGCCGUGGUAGCUUCGCAGUUCGAGGCGCUUUGCAGUGUGGCAAGUGGACAGAUGAGCUGCGGCAGCGCCCUCGCAGAACUCCCAUCACACAGGCCUCGCUAGCUCAGCAAAGCUCGUAUCGAGUGGAGCACUGUGGAGACAGGUUUGUUCUCCGGCCUGCAUGCAAGCGCUGGACAGAGGCCCGCCCACAGCUACAGCUCACCAAGCGAGGUUUCAUUGCCAUCGCCGCGGAAGGUGGUGGCAUUAUCGUUGAGGAUGGGCAACCUGCGCGCCGGGUUGAAGCUGAUGCCCCGGAAGCUCCUUGCUGA